AUGAUGGUCGAUCCCUUCGAGGUGCGCAUGCGCUUCACGGCGCAGCUGCAGCACCUUAACGCCUCGGUGACCUCAUCCCAAAAAGCGGCGCAUUAUGCGCUCAAAUACCGCGACAUGGACGAGGACCUACACUCGUGCAUCCUGGAGCAAUUAGAAAGAAACAACAUGAACAACCGCGCCAACAUCAUGUACUUCAUCGAACAGUUCUGCGACAUGGCCACGAAAGAAGACCACGCGCCCUACGUUCGCAUGAUUCAACGCGACAUCCUCCGUAUCGUUGAUUGCGUCGCACCCGCCGACGGCUCCGGCGCCGCGAACGUCAAACACGUCCGUCGAGUCCUGAACGGUCUACAGAGCAAGGAGAUCCUCUCCGCCGAGACGAUCGCGGAGAUUGAUGCGGGCUUGAAGGAUCGGGAAACUCACCCUGCGCAUCUGGAUUUGGAAGCCGAAGAAGGGGGUGCUGGUGGUGAUGGUGGUGGUGACGCGAGGUCCAAGCAUGGAACGCCGAGAGGGUCCAAGGGCAGUGGGAUGCGUGUGGAUAAACGGCAGAUUGAGCAGCGGAUUGAAGAGGAUCGAGAACGGAAUAAGCGACUACGGGAGAGUAUGUGGACGGUUAGUGGGGAUGAUGGGGAUGAGCAUGGGAAGUUUUGGGAUGAGGCGAGUGAUAUUGGAGAGGAUGAUUUCUUGGCUGCGAAUGAGGAGGUGAUGGAGCGGAGGCAGAUGAUUGGUGCGAGGUGA